CCUACCUGAACUGUGUAGAAGGGAGACUGUAUUUCCCGGACGUCUGUUGUUUUUCCUGGUGUCUGUUAUUCAGCACAGCCGGCCACCAUGCCCACUGACGCCCAGAGCGAUGCCCGCUCCUUCCUGACUGAGGAGAUGAUUGCAGAGUUCAAAGCCGCCUUCGACAUGUUUGACACAGACGGUGGCGGUGACAUCAGCACCAAGGAGUUGGGUACCGUGAUGAGGAUGCUGGGCCAGAACCCCUCAAGGGAGGAGCUGGAUGCCAUCAUUGAGGAGGUGGAUGAGGAUGGCAGCGGCACCAUCGACUUCGAGGAGUUCUUGGUCAUGAUGGUGCAACAGCUAAAGGAGGACCAGGCCGGAAAGAGCGAAGAAGAGCUCUCAGAAUGCUUCCGUAUUUUUGACAAGAACGGAGAUGGCUUCGUCGACCGCGAGGAGUUUGGAGAAAUCCUGCGUCUCACCGGUGAACCAGUCACGGAGGAAGAUAUAGAUGAGAUGUUCGGAGAAUCGGACACAAACAAAGAUGGAAGGCUUGAUUUUGAUGAGUUUCUGAAAAUGAUGGAAAACGUCCAGUAAUGAGACCAGCUCUACAUUCCUUUGUGCCCUUCCUCAGAGAGAACAUGAAGCACACUGUCUGAUGGAAAUGUGUUCAGAGCGGACUCAAAAUGCUGUAAAAACCCUGUACGAUCAUGAAUAUGAUGCAGUUUCUGAGACGUCCAAAUGGAUACAAGUGAACCGCCUUCAUCCCCACCCCCUUCCCCUUCUCAUAUGAAACCCUGGUGCCUGGUGAGGAGAUCUAUAAAUAUCCGUUCAAACCUUUUAAGACGAAGGCACUUUCUCCCGGCCUCCUCCUUGCGUGGGCCACCUCCCAGCUGUCAAUUUGGCAGCUGCUGUUUCUCCAGAAAUGCUACACCACCUAGCCUUAGCCCCCACCCCCCUCCUCCUCCUCCUCCUCCUCCUCCUCCCCCUCGUACUCAAAACUGAAUCUCUCCUCCACCCU